GUCCGUACUAGUAGCCGGUUGGGAAAUUCGCUUCAAAUUGACUUGCCGCUGGAAAAUUGGAGUCAGUUAAUAUUUACACCUGGUGCGGUUCAGAGUUCGCGGUUGCAACAGAGCAGUUCCCGAAAAUCGGACUGUGGCAUUUGGCGAUUACCAGAGUGAGGAAAGGAUUGUAGCCGAUUUGACAUCUGUCCACCGUUUGUCCAUCCGCCAGUCGUCCGUCGGGCACCAACAUUUGGUUCUGUUUCUCGGUUGGACGGUUGUGUAGCGUUUGUCGGUCGCACACGCGGUGUUUGAAGUGAUUUCAAUUAAGUAUGCUGAUGAGUGAGGGAUAAUGUUGGCGGUCAAUGCUGUUGACAAUUAUCCGGCCGCGUGAGUGCCGAGUUCGUCUACUGCGAGUGUGGAUUUUAAGCUGAGACUGGAUGAUGGGUCAACAACAGUAGUGGCAGUUGUUGUGCUAGCUAGUGCUUUCGAUGGUUAUGGCAAUGGUGACGACCGCAAGGUCCUGCCGUCGUACGACUACACUUUGGAUGACGGCAAAGUCGUGGUAAGCCGAGGAUAAAGGUGUAAUUAAAAGAAAUAAUUAAACGCCGUGUGCGGCGCGCAACAUUUCGGCUACUGGAGCAGUGCAGAAGGAAGCAGACGGGAGCUGAUUUAAUUGCUGCGUCUUGAGCUAAAGGAAUCAUCAGCACCUGCCGUGCACAGAAGGGUGUUGGAAUUGGAGCUCUGGCAUGGCCCCCGCGGUGCGUGUUGUGGCAAUUUUGCUACUCGAGUUUGUGGCCACUUGUGUGCAGAAGGAUAUAUCCGGAAUCGACCCCAAAUUCAGUGCACCCGUGUCCAAUGUGACGGUUCCGGUCGGGCGGGAAGGCGUGAUGACGUGCACGGUGCAGGAUUUACACAAAUAUAAGGUUGCGUGGCUCCGGGUGGACACCCAGACGAUUCUGACCAUCGACACGCUGGUCAUCACCAAGAGCGAACGGGUUUCGGUGACGCACACCGAGCAACGCAUCUGGCAGCUGCGCAUCAAGGACAUCAAAGAGUCCGACAAGGGUUGGUACAUGUGCCAGAUCAACACCGACCCGAUGAAGAGCCAGAUGGGAUACCUGAACGUUGUGGUUCCACCGGACAUUCUGGAUCACCAAACCAGCCAGGACAUGACCGUCCCAGAGGGCUCCAACGUAACUCUCUCCUGCGUCGCCACCGGCGUCCCAGAGCCAACAAUCGUCUGGAAGCGUAUCGGCAACGAAGGAACGCUUAGCAUUGUUGAACAGGCAGGAACCGGCUCCCCCGACGGGUCCGUUUUGAAUAUCUUAAACAUUCAACGCCACCAGGCCGGAGAGUAUCAUUGCGUGGCGUCGAACGGCGUCCGGCCGAGCAUGAGCAAGCGAAUCAUGGUGACGGUCGAUUUCGUUCCGAUAGUGAAGGUACCCAGCCGGCAGUUUACCGCAGAUUUGGGUCAAAGCGUGAAUCUGGAAUGCUACAUCGAAGCCCACCCGGAUCCAAUUGCCUACUGGUCGAAAGCCAAAGAAGAUGUCAUUCGCUAUCCAGGUAUAAUAGAAGAGAAGCAGUUCUCCGACAACAGUUUCAGCGUGCGGAUGCAAAUCACAAUCCAACUGAGGAAACAAAGUGACUUCGGAUACUACAAAUGCGUUGCCAAAAAUGCACAAGGACAAGUUGAAGAAUUAGUCAAAAUUCAAAAGAGAAUCAGCAAAAUCACAAUCCAAGACGAACCACCGACGAUGAUUUUGGACGAGAAACACCCAAACAGCAUCGCGGCGGGAACCGCAGUCAGUCGACAGAACAAGUUCCGAGAGCUGGUUCUGCGAGUGGAGAAUUCUUCGGCUUCCAUGGUACGACCGCAGUUCGGACUUUUUCUGCUGAUGCUUCUGGCAAUGAUCGGCUCAUGAUUGUUAGAAUUCGAACGUGGCCUCUGCAACGCCACCAGUGUAAUAUACUACUAAUAUUUAAUGAGAAUUAAUAUUUGCUGAAGCAGUGCACAUAGUUAUCUCGUGACAUAUACGAUCGGAAUUGUUAAAUACUUCACUCAAUGAACCAGCCAUAACAUAUUUAAUUGCUUAAAAGAAUUUGCGUUAAGUUGUAAAUAAAAUAGGGAAAUAACAUUACAAGCAUGUUGUAAAAAGACGUAAAGCACAAUACACAGCCAUUUCUUCAAAAAUAUUUUUG